GCGAAACAGAUUUUGCAUUUAAUGAUGACUUUUGCCAAAGUUGUGGGGCUCCAUAGGGGAAAUAAAGGUAAUUCCUUUAAAUCGCUACUAGUCAUAGAGUUAUGAAUGCAUGUUGUGAAUUUAGAGAGUCUGGACUUCAUUAUUUCUUUAAAGCAGUUGGGAUCCCCAUACUUUAAGCAUAUAAAGCAAUGUUUGAGGUUGACAAAUAAAACGAAUUGAACAUGAAUACUAUUUUGACAUUUGGUCAAAUCCAACCAGGUGAGCGAUACAGGCCCCAUGGGCCUCUUGUUUACAGAAACCGAGUAAGAUUUUAAACAUUUUUGUGUUUUAACUUUGAUAUGACAAAUAGUUGUGGGUGUCAAUCAGAGCUUAUACCUGGUAAUUGUCAAUCCUAUGAUACACAUUACAUUGCUUCCUUCCUGACCAACAAAGUGACAAGAUGCCUGUUGGUAGAGAUCGCUGAUGUCAAGUGUCAAUAUCCUCGAUGUGUCGCAGCAGGUCAACAUGCAAGGCCACACUCCAACGGCAGUAUUCGGGAAAUACCUGAUCAGUUUUUAAUCUUAGGACAUAUUUUCAUCAAUCUAUCAAGAGGACCAGUCAUCUAUAUAUGGUGUUUAAUUAAAUCAUGUGACACAAUCACGUGAUCCGACUAGAUGUUGACACUGGACAAGAUGGCGGCCGUGUUAGUGGUCGUAGCCACACUGGUGGUGAUGGUGGUUAGUGUAUUCUGGUAUCUACGGAAGAAGAAGACACAUUCAACUUUCUACACAAUCCCCGGACCACCGGCUAUACCCGUGCUUGGAAAUGCCCAUCAGCUCAGCCCUGAUGCAAAGAAUUUCUAUAACCAGCUGGUUGGGUUUUGUGUUGAAUAUGCUGGUACAGGGUUAUUUAGACUCUUGCUGUGCUGCCAACCAUGUGUUUGUGUCUUCAGGGCAGACUUGGUGGAGGUGCUCCUGAACAGCAGCAAACACAUGGACAAGGCAGAUGAAUACAGAUUUCUCCAUCCUUGGCUUGGCACAGGGCUUCUAACAAGUACUGGGGACAAGUGGAGAACCAGAAGGAAGAUGUUAACUCCCACCUUCCAUUUCAAGAUUCUUCAUGAUUUCAUUGGUGUGUUCAAUGAUCAGUCAAGUAUAAUGGUGAGGAAACUACAGAAGGUGGCUGAUAAAGGACCAUUUGAUGUCUUCCCCUACAUCACUCUGUGUGCUCUAGAUAUCAUCUGUGAGACUGCUAUGGGAAGACAUGUAAAUGCUCAGGGGAACAGCGACUCUGAUUACGUACGAGCUAUCAACAAGAUAACAGUUCUGGUACUACUUCGAAUGCGUCGUCCAUGGUACUGGCCAAACUUUCUUUUCAAUCUACUUGGGCCUGGCAGAGAGCAUGAUCAAUGUCUCAAAACCCUCCACUCCUUCACGUCAAAGGUGAUCAUAGAACGUAGUGAAGAAUUCAGGCAGAAAAGAUCAGAACAGACGACCAUGGAAGAAAUGAUGAAGGGUCGAGGAGAUGAUGAAACAGUCUACCUGGAGAAGGGUAAGCGCCUAGCCUUCCUAGACAUGCUGCUGUGUGCCUCGGCUGAUGGCCACCACCUUUCCUUUGAGGACAUUCGUGAGGAAGUGGACACAUUCAUGUUUGAGGGUCAUGACACCACUGCUGCAGCUAUUACCUGGUGUACCCACCUGAUAGGAGAGAGUCCAGAGGUACAAGACCGCUUACAUGAGGAGAUGGAGCAGAUCUUCGGAGACAGUGACAGACCUGCCACCAUGAAGGACAUCAAGGAAAUGAAGUACUUGGAAUGUACAAUUAAAGAAGGUCUACGACUUUACCCAUCCGUUCCUUUCUUUGGUAGGAGUGUAACUGAGGAUGUCACCAUAGGAAAUCAGUACACUCUGAAGAAAGGCACCACAGCUGUAAUAGUACCUGUGGCCCUCCACUUGGAUGAACGCUACUUCCCUGAUCCUCACAAGUUUGAUCCUGAUCGUUUCUUACCAUAUCAUUCAAGUCGCCAUCCUUUCAGCUAUAUCCCAUUCUCUGCUGGGCCCCGCAACUGUAUUGGUCAAAGAUUUGCCCUGAUGGAGGAGAAGGUGAUGUUGUCAUCUAUUCUGAGAAAUUUUGACAUCAUUGCUGCACAGAAGAGGGAGGACCUCAGUCCAGUUGGAGAACUCAUCCUGCGACCAGAAUUCGGUGUGGACAUCAAGCUGAAGAGCCGGAAAUAGGAUCAUACUAAACAAAUAUAAGUUGAAGCCAGUUUAUUUUCAGGAUUUUAAGGGUAUGUACUUUCAAUAUCUCUGUGUUACUUUCCAUGAAGACUGACCAGGACUUGUCAGAAUCAUGUUCAAAAGUGAUUGAUCUGUUGUGUUCUUCCACCAAUAGACACUUCAAACCUGACCUCAACAAUAUCUUUGUGAACCAAACUUUGUAUAUAAUUUAUGCUUGUAGUAAUAUUGUAAGCAGAAUGAAGUUAUAUCUGGAAUUAGGAUGUGUCUUUAAUAAGAGAUGAAAGAUAUUUUACUAUGAUUUCAUCUCUGUUAGUAUUGUUUUCCAUGAUGGACCUAUUGCAUUAUUAUGGUGAUAUAGAUUACCAGGUGAUUCCAGGAUUUCCCCAGAAGCAGGUCAUGAUAUGGCCAGUAUUAGGUGGAGCUGAAGGAAUUGGGCGAGCUGUUAACUUUUAGCCUCCAAUGACAUCAGUGCAGUAUCACAUAUGUGCCGUGUUUGUUUAUCGGAUGGACCAGAGUUGUUCGUUUAUAAAAUAAGGUUUGACCUGGUUAUUUUGUGUUGUUUUCAGACGAGCCUUGACAAAGAAUUCCAAGGCCUGUAUUGACAUCUACGGGUAUACAGACAAACAGGUUUGUCGGCAUAAACAAAGAGGCCAAUGUCAUUUUAGUCUUGUAUUGGUAUUUAUAACCUGUAUAACUAAUGAUAAUAUUGGAAACAAAGAGACUGUAUAACCAAAAUAAAAUUGGCUAGCUGAUCUUAUUGAUAUAGAGAUGUUCACUUUGGCUUUAAAAUCCACAACAUGAUUUAAGAUAGUUUAUCACAGGGACUUGAGAAUAACUUGGUUCAUAUUUUAUAUUUGAUUGGAAACCAUGACAAACUGUAUAACCAAAUUAUAAUAUCAUCUUUUAAAGUUGUUAAUUUUACUUACGCUUUCUAAAAUCCAUGUAUGAUUUAAUUUGAGAUCACUUAUCACAGGGACUUGGUAAUGGUCUAGUUCACAUUGUAUUUUUAAUUGGAACCAUGCCAAACGUUCUAGCCAAUGACAAGAGACCGGUUCAUAUUUAUUCUUUUGUACUAUUUAGCUUUUUAAAGGUGUUUCAUCAAAGAGACAAAAUAUCCUAACCCCAAUAAGCUGUGGUUCAGGAUCAAGGUCAAGUCCCUGUGUUACUCAUGUGUUGUUGAACAUCAUUUUAUCAUCAGACUUUUGUAAUUCAUCACAAUCAUUAAAUCAUUUAUUAAAAUCAAUAAUGUGGUCACCAAGCUUGCCCUUUAAUUAUAACUUUUGUAAUUCAUCACAAUCAUUUAAUCAUUUAUUAAAAUCAAUCAUGUGGUCACCAAGCUUGCCCUUUAAUUAUAGUCAUCCGUUAGCUAUUUAAGAUUUAUUCCUUGAUAAUCAAAAUUAAAUAUUACAAUAUACAUAUAGGAUUGUUGUUGAUUAAGUAUUAAUUGAAUCAUCUAAUAAAUAAAUAUAUAAUAUGUGCUUUU